AUGCGUGAAGUACGACAUGUUUGAUAUGUGUGAAUAACUCUCCUCCCCAGAAGAUUCGCAUGAAUGUCAUUAAGCAAAAGGAUCUUCCGUCUCCAGCGGGGGUUACCAAGAACAAGAAUAUACGCAUAAUCUCGUUGACUGAUUUCAAGAAGCUCUGCGGAUCAGACAAUCAAACAAAGUCCCUACAAAAAAUACCCGCAUCGUUGGCAAGCUCUGGAAUGGUACGCCAGCUACCCGAUGGCACCAAGCUAGUCAACAUGCGCCAGCUGCAGGCUCGACAGCUAAAGCUCCCGUCCCUGCAAAGACCCUUGGAGCCCACCACCAUAUUAGAAGAGUCCCAGGGUCUGAACGAACCCGUGGCCCUACCUACACUGCCCGCGAACCAUCCCGCGUCCAGUAGUUCGCUCAGGGGACAAGUAGGCACCGUGCAAACGAUACAGCUGCGUCCUUCACUUUCGGCAGGAUCUGGACAGGUGCCAACGAACAACGGGGUGACAGCCGGCAAACCAUUUGUUAGUGCGACAAAGCUGACCUCGGCGAAAUCUCCGAACGUGAUGCCAAUCCUAACGUCUUCCGAGAUUUGUCGUCAGCUGCAUGAGCUGCGGCGCCAAAACGAAGAACUGCGCCGGCGGGCAGACUCCUUUCAGCGGGAGAAAGAGGAGAUGCUGAGGCGCAUCGACCGCCUGGAGCAGAUGGUGUUGGUUCGAGAGUCUGAGGCGGACAUGGAUUUCGGGGACGACGGUUAACUAGAGCUAAGAUAGGAUUAUUGUACAUACGUUAAGGUACGUUUAAGGAAAAGUUAUUCAUAUACCGAUAAGUGCAUUCGUUAACCGCUCAGUAAGCGGAGGAUUUCAUAACAUUUUAUAUCAGAACCGUAUUAACACAAACGUUAAAAGUAACUGCAACAAAUUCUAACUGCUGACUGCAGGUUAGGACAGUUAGCUAUCUACCUUAAAAUGCAUUUUUAGUUGACUAUUAAGAACCGAUUUUGCAUAAUUUAAUAAAUCUUUUAAAAAAACUAA